UGCAUAAGAGGCGGGCAACCUUCAGGCGGGCUGGGACGGACGGUGUCUUUCUGUGCCGUGUUGUGUGGUGCCGUGCCGUGCCUGCAGGAUGGAGGAGCGCUACAGCAAGGCGGAGACCCUGGCCCUGCGGAGGAAGCACAUCGGGCCUUCCUGCAAAGUUUUCUUUGCCAAGGACCCUCUGAAGAUCGUGCGUGCUCAGGGCCAAUAUAUGUUUGAUGAGAAAGGAGAAAAAUACUUAGACUGCAUCAACAACGUUGCACAUGUUGGCCACAGUCAUCCAUAUGUGAUAAAGGCUGCAACAAAACAGAUGGAACUGCUCAACACAAACUCCCGCUUCCUGCAUGACAACCUUGUUCAGUAUGCCCAGCGUCUUACAGCCACCCUGCCUGAGAAACUCUCUGUUUGCUAUUUUGUUAACUCUGGGUCUGAAGCAAAUGAUCUUGCUUUACGACUGGCUCGGCAGUACCGUGGGUACCAAGAUGUGAUCACCCUUGAAAAUGCUUACCAUGGCCAUGUUACAUCUCUGAUUGACAUCAGCCCCUAUAAAUUUAAUCAGCUGGGAAAGGACUGCAAGAAGGAGUAUGUGCAUGUGGCUCCUUCUCCAGAUAUCUACAGGGGGAAAUAUAGGGAAGACCACCCAGAUCCAGCAAGUGCUUAUGCUGAAGAGGUGAAAAAGAUUAUUGAAGAAACACAGAAGAAUGGACGUAAGAUUGCCGCCUUCAUAGCUGAAUCCAUGCAGAGCUGUGGAGGCCAAGUAAUUCCACCUGUGGGCUAUUUCCAGAAAGUGGCAGAGUACGUGCGUGCAGCGGGUGGAGUGUUCAUAGCUGAUGAGGUCCAGGUUGGCUUUGGCAGAGUUGGGAAGCAUUUUUGGGCAUUCCAGCUGCAAGGCGAAGACUUUGUACCUGACAUUGUCACCAUGGGAAAGCCCAUUGGCAAUGGACACCCUAUGUCUUGUGUGGUCACAACAAGGGAAAUUGCUGAAAGUUUUGGUGCUUCCGGAUUGGAGUAUUUCAAUACAUUUGGAGGCAAUCCAGUGUCUUGCGCUAUUGGAAUGGCUGUGCUGGAUGUGAUAGAAAAAGAAGAUCUCCAAGGAAAUGCUACACGUGUAGGAAAUUAUCUCCUGGAGUUGCUGGCUGAGCAAAAGAAGAAACAUCCCUUAGUGGGAGACAUCAGGGGUGUUGGAUUGUUUGUUGGAGUGGAUCUGGUGAAAGAUCAACAAAAGCGAACACCAGCCACAGCUGAAGCCCUUCAUCUUAUUUACAAACUCAAAGAGCGUCAAAUCCUUCUUAGUGCAGAUGGACCCUACAGAAAUAUUCUAAAAUUUAAACCACCAAUGUGUUUCACAAUGGAAGAUGCAAAACAUGCAGUGGAGACAAUUGAUGCACUUCUUACAGAAAUUGAAGAGGCCACUGAAAUGAAGACAGAAAAUAAUGCAUCUACAAAUAUACAGUAUAAAAGAAAAACAGCUGAAGAGACUUCUCAACCAGAAGGUGCAAAUGAAAGCACUGGUCACAUGAAUGGAGCUGCCUGCAGACAAGAAAAUGGGAUUUAUUCGAAAAAACGCUCGCUGCCAAGUAAAAGAAUAAGAACAUGAAGAGGGAAAGUUUCUUCAUUCAAUUUGAAUUUGUGUCAGUCUUGCUUUUGAGAUGAAGAGUGCAAUAGUCCGAGUCUUAGGAUCUGUUUGAAGCCUAGUCAUGCCUUCCACAAACUGUCUGAAUUCCUAUUAGCUUCAGUAGGUUUAAAAUACCUUUUCAGAUACAUGACGACUGUGCCAUGUGGUUUGAAAUCUAGAUGUGCCAGAACAGACAAGUCAUAAAAAAAUACCGUGGUACCAAUGGCAGGCUUGAUACAGGUGCACAAACUCAGUGAAAACUGUGGAUUUACCCAUAUUAUGCAGAAUCUGAUUUGCUUAACCACCAUAAAGCAGAUGCCAAUCUUAUUAAGUUUAAAAAUAUAUGCUUAACGUGCUAUUUUUACAUUAUUUUAAAUUUCAAUAUGUAAUAUUGAGAUGUUAAUUACUUCCCAUGUUUUAAUGGCUGAAUUCACUUAACAAUUGCUUGAGAAAGAAAUCAUUAUUAUUUUCCGGUGUAACUUAGGUCCUAUGGACCAUAUUCCCAGCUGAUGUAAAUUAGAGUAGCUUUGCUAAUGUCGACAAUGCUCUAUUAAGAGUCUACCACUCUGUAGGUAGAGACAUGAUGUCUAUGCAAGGCAUUCUCACCAUAAAUUCAAAGAGAAUGAAGAGUCUAAUUUUCUAUGAAUAAAGCAACUUUUAUAGAGAACUAUUUAUAUAGAGUAAGAUUUUAUGAUCUUUUUCCCAGAAGUUUAUAGAUUGAACCCUAUCAGCCCAUAAAAGAAGCAAGUAGAGUAUAUAUAAUUUCAGACACACUGAUUGAUUGAAUUUUAACCUAAAGGUCUCUCAUUUUAGUUGUUUUGACAGUCAGGGGAAUUGUUACCUGAUCCUGUCGAAGCAGUGCUGUUCCUUUUUGUCAGUGGUGAUGAAAAGUCACAUACCAGUUGCAUGGGAUCCUGACAAAUAAAUGGCUAUGCUAACAUUGGAUAGAUUACUAAAAUGAGAGGACCACUGCAUUAACCAUGCAUGCAACCACUGCCUAUUCGUGCUGCAGAUACUUUAGACUGACUUGCCUCCUUGUCAGUGUUAAAUUUCAAUGAAAGCACAAAAGCUCUACUUCCCUUUCUUAAUACAUGCACAACUCCAUGCUAUAGAGGACAUGGGGGGCUUUACAAAUAGUUUGUACUUCAGAAAAAAAUACAAAAUGUAUUUAUUUCCUCUUCAAUUUUAAUACCCUCAAUUCUGCUCUUUCCUAAUUGCUGCUAGUGAUCUUACUCAUAUGACUGAAAAUUGAGCACCUUAUCUAUUUUCACAAUUUGCUAUGUUAUUAUUGAUAUUUCUGGUGUAACAUCUUCCACCAUCCUCAAGCUGACUUAUUUUCUGUUUCAUGAUGCUUGAAUAAUUCUUCCAUAAAAAUAAAUCUCUUGUUUACAA